GCUUAUAACACACACACUCAACAAACUGCUCCCUCACACACACAUUGAUCUCUGGAGUCAGUGUACACACACUCUCCUGGUCAGUGUCCUGGGUUUUGGAUUUCGGUUUUCACAGGGAUUUUUUUUGUGUCUACGGCAGCAGUAGCAUUUUUGUGUUCAGGCGGAGUGAGGUAGAGGACAUCGGAGACCUGAGAGACAAUGGAGUCCCAUUUCAAUGGAGCCUCAAAACAUCAGUCUGCAGGUUCGAGCAAACAGCGGCACGGCGCCACUGUCAGCUUCCACAAUAUUCACUACAAGGUGACACAGGGAGGAAACUGUCUUUGCAGGAAGAAGGCCACGACCAAAGACAUCCUCAUCGACCUCAAUGGGAUCAUGAAGCCGGGGCUGAACGCCAUCAUGGGAGCGACAGGAAGCGGCAAGUCAUCGUUCCUGGAUGUUCUGGCAGCCAGGAAGGACCCGGCCGGUCUGUCAGGAGAAGUCCUGAUCGACGGAGCUCCUCAGCCUCCGAACUUCAAGUGUCUGUCUGGAUACGUGGUGCAGGACGACGUGGUGAUGGGAACUCUGACGGUCAGAGAAAACUUCAGCUUCUCGGCGGCGCUGCGCCUCCCGUCCUCCGUCUCUCAGGAGGAGAAGGAGCAGAAAGUCAACAAACUGAUCCAGGAGCUGGGACUGAGCCGAGUGGCCGACUCCAGGGUGGGCACCCAGCUGAUUCGUGGGAUCUCGGGCGGCGAGAGGAAGAGGACGAACAUCGGCAUGGAGCUGAUCAUCGACCCAUCCGUCCUCUUCCUGGACGAACCCACCACGGGGCUCGACGCCAGCACCGCUAACUCUGUGCUGCUGCUGCUCAAGAGGAUGGCGAACAAUGGCCGCACCAUCAUCCUGUCCAUCCACCAGCCUCGAUACUCCAUCUACCGCCUGUUCGACAGCCUCACCCUGCUGGUCACCGGCAAACAGGUUUACCACGGGCCGGCACAGAGCGCCCUGGAGUACUUCUCAGACAUCGGAUACACCUGUGAGCCCCACAACAACCCUGCUGACUUCUUCCUGGACGUCAUCAACGGAGACUCGACCGCAGUCAUCUACAGCAGCGUGGACAGAGAAGAUCCAGAUUCAGACUCAGUGUCAAUGUCCAGACGGGGGAUCGAGGAGAAGCUGGUGGAGGAGUACAGAAGCUGUCAGUACUAUAAACAGACCAAGGCAGAGCUGGAAAGGAUAAUUCAGGGCAAGCCGACGACCAUCACUGCUGCCUCCAGAACCAUCACUUACAACACCAGCUUCCUGACCCAGUUCAGAUGGGUUCUCAAGAGAACGUUCCGCAACCUCAUGCUCAACCCACAGACCUCGGUCGCCCAGGUAGCUGUAACCUUGUUCCUCGCUCUGGUCGUAGGAGCCAUUUUCUUUGAUGUCCAGGAGAAUCAGAGUGGGAUGCAGAACAGGUUCGGUGCUCUCUUCUUCAUCACAGUGAAUCAGUGUUUCAGCUCUCUGUCGUCGGCUGAACUCUUCAUCUCCGAGAGGAAACUCUUCAUUCAUGAGUACAUCAGUGGUUACUACAGACUGUCCGUCUACUUCCUGUCUAAGAUCCUGUCUGACAUCAUCACACUGAGGACCAUCCCCGCCAUUGUCUUCAGCUGCGUGGCGUACUUCAUGAUCGGCCUGAAGCCCACAGCCGAGGCCUUCUUCCUCUUCAUGUUCACGGUCAUGCUGGUUGCCUACACGGCCACCGCCAUGGCUCUGGCAAUCUCAGCUGACCAGACGGUGGUGGCCAUCGCCAACAUCUUCAUGACCAUCGCCUGUGUGUUCAUGAUGAUCUUUGCAGGUUUGUUGGUGAAUCUUCCCUCCAUCGUCAGCUGGCUCUCUUGGUUGAAAUACCUCAGCAUACCAAGAUAUGGGCUCAGUGCUUUGCAGAUUAAUGAGUUUUCUGGGCUGAACUUCUGUCACGGGUUAAAUGCCAGCAUCAUUCCACCUGGACUCGCUUGCACAGGGGAGGAGUUUCUGACGGAGCAGGGAGUGGAUUACUCCACCUGGGGCUUUUGGCAGAACCACAUGGCCCUGGGCAUCAUGACCAUCUGCUUCCUCAUCAUCACUUACCUCAAACUGCGCUUCAUCAGGAAGUUCACCUAGACCUUCACCAU